AUGGAGGGCCUGAGCUACCAUCAAAGGGCAUUGGUCAGAGACUUCAAUCGUCCCUUUGACGACAUCACACGAGAAGAGAAACUCUGGUAUCUCCGCACCAGCCUAGAAGCAGACCACCUCGGUAACCAGUUUUGGAUGUGCGCCUGGCGUACCUACGAGCCUCCAAUUGACGAGCCUCUGCCUCGAAUCCCAGCUUAUCAAUUCAAAGACAUCUGCAACAAGUCAGUCCCCAUCUAUAUCCUAAGGGGCCAUUGGCGACUUGCAGGUAUUCUCAACAACUACAUCUAUCGCCGAUGGUUCAAGCCUUACCGCAGCGAGAUUGAGUACGGUCGUUUCAUCACCAAAUUCAUCGCUCUCAGAAACACAGACACCCCGUCGCCGGCCAUUCUGCAGAACAUCAAGUCCCUGAACGAAGCUGUCAGCGCAGAGAUCCGUGAGCGUCGUCUGGGAUACGACCGAGAAAUCGCCACGGGAACUGCAGGAUCCGACGUCGUUGCCGACCACCAGAAUUACAUCCUUCAACCACUCUUCCAAGCCCUCCUCCUCGUCCUCAACCCAACAGAUUGGAAUGGCGAAGAUUCGAGCUCAAUUGGCAAGAUCCCCGUAAUUCUUGUGCGUACUGGCGUCGAAGAUGGGCUUAGUGAACCAAUCACAUUCGAACCAAUUGCCGACAAGAUUGACGCCUAUGUUGGAGAAGACGCCAUCAGAACCACAGUUGAGACUGCUAUUGGUUUUGUCAUGGACCUGGAAGCCCGUGAAACGAGGGCAUUUGGCCUUCGACCUGACCCGAUUGCCUCGUGGGAUCCAGAUGCUUCCUUCUGCGAAUGGCGAGAGAUAAUGCCGUAUGACCAAUUGGUCGGGCCCAGCUCUCGGUUUGUAGAUGACGAGCGAUAUCCGGAGUGGUCAGGGGCUGGCCAUCGGAUGGACACUGAAGACAGUGUUGCACAUGAGCAGCGAGAGCUCCGGCAUUAUGCCUAUUCACAGGGCCAGGAAACCACUUUGAUUCUCACCUAUCGCGGCGCCUCAACCAACAGAGCUUCAGACGCGCAGACUUGUAUAUGUGUCACUCUAUUACGAGGGGACCGGCAGGGGAUUCUGCGCAACUUUAUACCUUUGAUCGGUGCCGUAUCACCACCUGGGUCUCGGUCAACUACAGCCUGUGCCAUCACCACCAGUACACCCCUGGUAAAAGUUAAUAUCUAUGGAUAUCUAUGGAAGAAAGAGGUCAACUAUAUUCUGCUACUACCGCUAUGUAUUUCUAGUCUGAUUGAAGUUCAAAGAAGACUGGAUCAUUCCGGUAAUUUCUCUCCACCGCAUAGGUCGCAGAAAAGGCAAACAGCCGACCUCCCCAACAGCAACGGCGACUACACGAUGGAAGCCAAAUCUCAGACAAGCAAGGAAGGCGAGCCAAAUAACCCGACAACAUGGGAUUUCACGGUCCCGGCUGAGUUAGCUCCUAGACUUCCAAUGUGA